AUGGACGACGAAAUUGUCUUUAUGCGAUUUCACUUUCACUUUUUACAGGACAAAGCUGCGACGCAGGCACUGGCGGCUGGCGAAGCCCCAGCUUUGCUCAGAGGUCUUGGAAGCAAGAGUGGAGGCGGUCGCAAGCGGGGGUCUGCCUCCAAGCUAGCCACCAGCGUCAGCACGGACACUUUGGUGGCAGCAAUGAGCCCCAAGGCCGCCAGAGGGCUUGAUUCCCUGGUCGGAGAAGAGGGCGUUGACCUGGCGUUUCCUGAGCUUGGACGAAAAGCGGUCAAGCGGAGGAAGGUGGAGAAACGAAAAGAAGAGAAGGUGGAUGACUCUGAUCAGCGUUCCUUGAGGCGGCUACGGAGUCACUCCUUGUUUUUGCUGGUUCGAUACAAGAAUGCCAAGCACUGGACUUUCCCAAAGGCGGACAGACUCCAGGGGCAGGGCAUGCGGGAGACACUGUGA